GUUUGGUCGUUCCAGUUCGGUCCAUUCCGUCCGUCUGUCCGGUUCGGUAGGUUUCAGGUUUCAGUAGUGGGCUUGGGUUUGGUGUGGUCCAGUGCACCUGAUCUUGUGUGUGUGUGUGUGUGUGGGGGGGUUGUGCCAGAAAAUCAGGCAAACAUGUCGAAUUUAUCGUAGUACUUUCGUUUCAUACAUCCGUCGAUAGAUUCUUGAUUGAAAUGAUCAAAAAGCCGAUUGCGUAUAAUCGUGUCGUAGACAUAUGAUACGAACAAUCGUCUACGAGGUAUGAUCUCAUUUCCUGUUAAAUCAUACAUUUCCUAAAUCGAAAUUUUCUACCCGCACGCAUCGUCGGUCGGGACAAUUACGACGCAGCGUUGAUCAUUGCGUUCAUUUGUUCGUCGCAUUGUCGUGUGGUUACCGGUCGACUGAAGUUUAAUUGUUCCGAUGGAAGGCGCGGUGUCCGGAGACAGUUACACAUUGAUGUUGACUGACAAUGAGAAUGUAGUUACGCGCGAUCCAAGAUAUUUCAUAUCGUCAUAAUAUUUUCCACACAACUGAACAAUUCAUCGAUCGAUUUCCAAUUAAAAUUCUUCUGUUUCCAGUUGUACACUUGUAUAAUUAUAUAAUUAUAAUUGUAUGCAACACGGUAUAAUUGUAGCUGGUCAUAGUAUACAUACACGUAUGUAUAUAGAGUAUAUAGAAUUUAGAAAUGGCAACUGGACGUAGUAAUUUCAUAAGUAAACCAGCGAGAGGGUGGUUACACCCUGACCAUUUAGUGAGUAAGGAGGGAAUCACUUACAAAGUUAAGUACAUAGGAUGUCUAGAAGUACACACGUCUAUGAAAAGCUUAGAUUUUGAAACAAGAUCAUGGGUCGCCAAAGAAUGUAUAAACAGAGUCUGUGAAGCAGCCGGGCUAAAGUCUGCAGAUAAAAAGAGGAGGGUGGGCAGGAAGGUGUUGAGGGCGAUACCCGAUAAACCUCGCAUGGAACACACGGGUCUCAUGAUAAAUUUGAUUAUCAGUAGCUGCAGUUUAGCACUGACCAAUGCAGAGACCGGGCACAUCAUUGCCAAGCAUGAAAUGCCGCGUAUAUCUUUCGCUUCGGGAGGCGACACGGGAAGACUGGACUUCGUGGCGUACGUUGCCAAAAAUAUGGACGAGUGCCGCGCAUGUUACGUAUUAGAAUGCGGAGGAGGAUUGGCACAAGACGUCAUAUCUACCAUUGGGCAAGCUUUCGAGUUGCGAUUCAAGGAAUUUCUUACGAAACCAAAUUCGUUACACCCUAUAUUGAACGGCGGACGAGAAGCAGACAGAGAUUAUUACAACGAUCUUCCGGGAAAAGUUCCUCCGGACAUCGUCGGACCUCCGCCGCCGGUUCCACCCUUACCGAUCACGGCGUCGACUCUACCCAAUUUGAAGCAUCACCAUCACACUGCACAGAUUCACGCGUCGCGGGUCAACAAUAUUUCGCACAAUUCGGUCCUACGCGGGGACACGUUCUCUUCGAAUUCUGACCAGAGACAUCGCGAACAAUGGGCAGAGACUGGAAACUUGAUCGAUCUGAACUCAGACGGGACGUCGACAAAUUUCAACGCGUCCCUCGAACACAAUUACGUGAACGAUAGCGUGGUAGCAGCUUCCAGAGAAAAUCAUCGCGAUCAAACGUCGCUCUUCGACGUGUUCGACAUGCAACCGUUUAGUUCCGCGAUAUCGGACAUGAACAGAUUGAGUCCGCAUUCUCAGAAACAGCAGUUGAAGCAUGAGGUGUGGUUCCAUGGUAGCGUCAGCCGUGCCGAAGCGGAAUCGAUGUUGACGAGGGACGGAGACUUCCUGGUACGCGAAUCUCAAGGCUCGCCUGGCCAAUACGUUCUCACCGGUAUGAACAACGGUACGCCGAAACAUUUAUUGUUGAUCGACCCGGAAGGCGUAGUUCGCACGAAAGACCGCGUUUUCGAUAGUGUGAGUCAUUUAGUGAAUCAUCAUUGUGACAAUCUAUUACCAAUUAUAUCGGCCGACAGCGUUUUAGUACUUCGUUAUCCGAUUCCCAGACGUACGAGUCAUUGAUUUCGACCAAGGGUCAAAUUCUCUCGUAGAUCACUGACGAUCAAUGUACCACCUAAGUACCUAAUAGGUACUCGAGACUGCUCUCUUACACGGUUUAGCAUUUGUUAACUGGCCAGAUUUUGCUUGUAUAAUCACGUGAUUCAAUUCUAUUUUUACCACGACUACCCCUACCACGGUCGUGUCUCGACCGUCUGACAGGAGAAGGGAGACGAUGGGUAAUUUAUACAAUUUUUUAUCUGAUCUUCUCGCGUCGAGAACAAAUGCCUAACAACGGCUAAUAUUUUGUGAUCAUUUGUGACUGUGACGACGACGAGAGAAGAGCCUAUUGAACGAUGUGACGUCGCGGUAUCACAGAUUCAGAUUAAUUUCAGUUCGCGCGUAUACAAGUAUAUGUAAGACUGAAAACGACGUCUCACGCAUGCCAUUGUUACACCUCGAAAUGUGCCAGCAGAACUUUAUUUUCUACUACCGAUGGCUCGCUACAAAUACCGAAUACAUCUUGACUAAUGACUACGUCUUUGAAUUUUUUAUCGGACUUUUGCUGCCCAUGUACAAAAUACAAAUAUACAAGUGUAUAGAUGGCCAUGGCCUUCGUAUACAAAAUCUUUUUGUAACCUCGGUCAUUUCAAGUUACGUAAGAUGGAACUGUUUCUACAAAUGUUUUUACAAACUUUUCAACGUCCACACGAUCCGAUAUAUUUUAAUUCAACGUUUGCGAACCGAUUUACGCUGCUGGUAUUCUCAAUUUUAACAAAACUAUACACCUAUUCACGUUAAAUCGAUGUUUUCAUCGGACUAAAUUUUAUUCACUGUAUUUGACACUUUUCGAUUUUUCCACCUUUACCAGCAUCAUAUAUCGUUUUUAUGCAAAAUUCAAACGUGAAAUUUGAACACGUGAAAUGUGCUUAUACACGUUAUACCCAUCCUAUAACGUUUUAAUAUCUCUUUUUCGUAAAGCAUACAAAUUAUUAUAUUCACUUUAAUACUCACGUUUUUGGCAAGAUAAACGUGAACGGACGUCAUUUAAAUAUAGUGCGUAAAAAUUAUUCGUAUCACGUUACGUACGUUGAAGAGAAAA